ACACGCGCCGGGUGCAUCGAAUCGCGCGUCAACCUGAUGGUAUAUAAAACCUAUGGGUACCGUAAUCACCGGAUUCUUUCGAAUAUCUUUGGGCUCGAAAAACGUUCCGUUGUAACCUCAAUAUUCGAAAAAGUCUUGUAUAUUUUUUAUUUUUCGUCCGCAUAACCGAAUAUCGUAUCUAAUAUCCGUUAGUAAAUUAGUUACUGAGUGCAUACAUGUACUUGAACCGCACAUGUAGUACGGACGUACAGAUAAACUUUCCUGACACUCAACAGUUCUGAUAAUUUUAUAGUGAAUGGUGGUUGGGUGUGUGUUUGUAACCAGUGUAAUUUUAUUGCGAACGUUUAAUUUGGAUUUUGUCUAGAUGUAACGCACACGAUUCCGUUGUGAUGGUAGUGGCCGUUGGAGUUGGGCCUGUUUCCAAGUAAUGCCCAUGAGGAACAUAACAAAUAGAAAAAUCCGAAUUGGUUGAUAACAAUAUAUUGUUUGAUCGCCAUGGACCAGUACACGGCAAAGGCAAUCAUUUUUGUUCUGUCAAUUGUUACAAGACUGUUUUUUGGAUUCACUCCAUUGCUAGUGUCCAGAAAAUUUUUAACCAAUAAAGCUACUGAUUCGCUGACUUCGAAAACGGUGAGUCGUCCACAACGAUUGGUUAUAUAAGCUCAAAUAUCAUGGAGUAUUAUUUUAUUUAAUGUUUUAGUUGGAAUAUCUGGUUUCAUUAUGUUUGAGCUUAGGCGGAGGCGUGUUACUAGCUACCUGUUUUGUUCAUUUAAUGCCAGAAGUGAGAGAGAGUCUUUCCACCCAGUUAGAUGAAAGUUACCAUCACUACCCUUUUACUGAACUGGUUGUUUGUACGGGAUUUUUUCUCGUCUACUUUGUUGAAGAAUCUGUAAAGCAUGUAGUUAAGAAACAUAAAAAACGUAGUAAAGCAAAAACUGCACCACACUGUGAUAGACUAUUGCAAUGGAAUAGUCAGUUGACAGCAGUCAAAUCUGCUGAUGAUGUAAAUUCUGUAAGUGUAGAUCAAGGAACUGGAACUCCAGAUUGCCAAAUUGAACAAAAUAAUAAUGAAAUGUCACAUGUUCAUAAUCUAAGAAGUCUAUUUGUUGUGCUUGCAUUAUCCUUCCAUUCAGUUAUGGAAGGAAUAGCCAUUGGCUUAGAAGAUAAUGUGGACGAUAUGGGAUUCCUGUUUUUAGCUGUAUCUAUACAUGAAUGUACUAUAUUAUUUUGUAUUGGCAUCAAAUUGGUCACAUCGUGUUCAUCUUUAACUAAUAUUAUAUUAAAUAUUGUUGUCCUUACUUUGGUAUCACCAUUUGGUAAGUUUAUUGUUUUUCUGUGUAUUAUAUUUAUCUUAUUUUCAAUACAACUAAGUACCAUAUAUUUUAUUUUUCUGUGAAUUAAAUUAUAAGAGAUUACUAUAAUGUUGUGAGGUAACUUAUAUUUCUUCAUCUGUUUUUAUAUCUGUAAAUAAAUUUUUGACCAGAUGAUUUGCUUGAAUUUAAAAAAUGUUCUUCCCGGAGAUAUUCAUGUGUCUAGGAUAGGAUGUUUUCACCUACAAAUAAAGUAAUAAUAGGAUUUUCCCCACCAUUUUUUUUUUUUUUUUUUUUUAUAUAUAUACAAUUUGAUAACGCUAAAUAAUAAUUAUAAUAAUUGACUACCAUAGAAAAAUUAUAAAGUCAAUACAAAAUUAAAGUUAUAUUUUAACAGAAUUGGAUUACAUUAUAAAAAAGUAUGUUAUUUAAAUCGUUUUCUAAGUAAUUUUUAAUUAUUACCAUUUACUGUCAUCGAAAUGAAUAAAAAAAAAUUGGGUGGGGAAAGUGUACUUAAAUAUAAAAGGUAAAUGUCCAAUUACAGAUUUGUUCCAAUUAAAAACUCCAAGAGGCUUUCUUAUAGCAUAUCUGCAUAGAACUACUUAAAGAUACUAGAAAUUUUUACAAUUUAAAUAAAGCAAACUAUGUUGAAUAUAAGCUCUGUUCAAAAUCAUUAUGUUAGCAAUGAUUUACUGUUACAUUAAGAAUUUAAACCAUAUUUAUCUACAUAUUCUACAUUUUAAAUUUCCCUCUUUUAAUAGUGGCCCAUCUUGGUUGUUAUAUUUCUCGAUUUAACAGGACAUUCAAGAUUUUUAAUAUACUUGUUCCGCGUCAAUUCUUAGUAAGUUCUAUUCAUGAUUUUUGUUUAUCCUAUUUCCUAUCUUACAAACUAGAAAGUUUUUAAAACUACUGGGCAAAAGAUUUGUAGUGUUUAAAAUUUAAAAAAAUUAUAAUUAGUUAUUCUUAUGGUUUAAAUUGUAUUAAUCUUAUCAUUAGGUAGGUUGCCUAUAUUUAAAUCAAACUCUAAAAAUUCCAAAAUGACUGUUUAUUCUCAGUAUUACCUUUUGUCUUAGUCAAUGGGUCCAAUCAGUUUUAUUCAAUAAAAUAAUUAUUUGUAUUAAUAUAAUAAUUUGCAAAAACCAGCUAAACAAGUUAAUUAAGAUUUAUAAUAAAACUACUUUAAUAGUUAAAAUGCUACAAUUUAAUUUUUAUUUUUUAGGUAUCUUGGUUGGAUCAUUAUUAACGUUGGAUGUAUCUGGUGUGGACAAUAAUUAUCAUACAAUUGGAAAUGCAACUUUACAAGGUUUAGCUGCUGGUACAAUUCUAUAUGUUACAUUUUUUGAGGUGCUUGACCGUGAAAGAAAAAAGGAUACAGCGCCUGGUUUGCUCAAGUUACUGUUCAUUAUGAUUGGAUUUUUCUUUAUGGUUACGAUGGAAAUUUUCGGUAAAAUAAAAAAAUUUACAUAAUAAUUUUAUUAAAUAUUUAAAUAAACUUUAACUUGCAGGUGGUCAUAAACAUAAAGAUAUGCAUUUGAGCCAUGAACAUAACUGCAGUACAUCGACUGCUCAUCCUUAACAUAAUAAUUUGUUUAUUUCAGAUGUAUUUGUUACCAGAUGUUAUAAUAAUAUCCCUGUAUACCUACAUUUGCAUUUUGCUUAUGUUAUUUUAUAAAAAUUAAGUUCAAAAAGUACUUCUGAAAUGAUUUAUAUCAACUACUCAUCUAAUAAUGAGACUAAAAUAAGUUAUAACAUAUGAAUCAUUUUUAACGAUCUUCCAUUAUAUUAAUUAUUUGUGUAAAUAUGAAAUAAUAUUCCUCCAAUGUGGACUAUUUUUUUUUUUUAUAAUAAUGAUGAUGUGUAAAAUUCAUACUAUUUAUUAUAUGACUUAAAUUAGUAUUAAAUUUGUUUUAGUGUUCCUCAUUUCAUUAUUUACUGAAACAAUCAUAUAUAUGACUUAUAUUUUUCAGUUUCAAUAUUUUUACAUUAUUUUGGUUAUGUUACAACUGUUCACUUUUAAACUAAUUUUUUAUUGUAAUUAUACAAAUUGUUUAUGUUUUCAUUAAAUUACUAUUGUCAAUUGAAACUAAACAAAAUAAGUCCUUAAAUGGGUUAUAAUAGUACAUUGUUAAAGUACAAGAAGUGAUUAUGUAAUAUUUUUCAUUAAUUUUUAUUUUAAAGAUAGUUGUUAUUGUUAAAACUGUUCAAUUAUUUUAUGAACAUUUUAAUCAUGAAAAUUGUAUUAGGUAACAAUAAAUAUAUUUUGUUUUUUUUUUUUUUUUUUUUUUUUUAAGAAGCAUAAUGUCUUCAUUAUUGAUUAUUUAUUAUAAGUCAAUUCUGGAUUUGUCUAAAUUACAAGAAAUUAAUUGUAUAAAUUAUUUUCAUAUUAUAUAUUACUAAUUACUAUUUCCUAUUUUAUAUAUUCUAGCAAGGCUGAUAUUAAAGAUAUGAACUUCCUAAAACAUUUUAAAAAUAAAAAUUUCCUUUUAUAAAUUCUUAUUUUAAAUGGUUCUACUUCUAUGUUGGAUAAUACAACAUAAUAUAUUUAAUUAAAAUAUGAAUUCAGAAUCUUUGAUAGUAUAUUCUGGCCCACGAGAGAAGUAAAACGUGUCCAAUUACGCAUAUGUAUACACAUCACAGCACGUAACUGAAUAGAAUAAAGUUUGGAAAAUAGUACUACUGAGCAGUCACUGGUCUUAGUCUACAUGCCCAAAAUAGUUUAUUUCUUUCAUGG